AUGAUCUAUUUUUUCAGAAACCCAGCUCUCAAAUCAGUGAAUCUUUGGAACGCAUUUCCCGACCCUACUUUCAGUGUCCCAAUUCCGGCCCAGGACGGCACCUACAUGGCCGAGACCUUAACCAACGAUUUAGACAACAUGGAAUGUAAGUUUUGAUGGUUUUUUGUAGUUGAGGAUAUUAGGGAACUGUUCGGAUUGUUGUCACUGGUUUUGGUGGUUCUGCAAUUGAUUAUUUUAUUUUCAGAUGUUGCUCCAAUGUUUCACUGCCCUACCCCAAAUGUUUACCACCCAUUUUUCGCUAUGUAAGUUGUUUCACCCUUGAUUUUUGCCUGCUUUUUCUCAAACUACAUGAUAUAUAUUUUCAGAAACCUAAACAUCACCUUCACUCCCGCCACACCCCUUUCCAUUCGCAACACCCAUUCUUCCCUCCCACUCGCACCACUAUCCUCCCCCAUCACACUCUCUUCAGGAUGUAAGUUUUGUGGUUUAUUAGUAGUUGAGGAAAUUAUAGUGAGGGACCUGAUCCGAUGGCAAAAAACGUCUCCUUUUGCAUCCCGGAAGGGGCCAAAAUGACCCCAAACCAUUCCCUUCUGUAAGCUGAAAAACUCCGUUUUGAAAAGCGCGCCCUUUUCUUCAAGGAGGACUCUUCAAUGCGGGGUUUUUUAGCUUAGAGAAGGGGAGGGUUUGGAGACAUUUUGGUGCCUUUCGGGAUGCAAAAUGAGACGUUUUUUGCCAUUGGAUCCGGUCCCUCACUGUACAGAUGGCUUGAGAUUAUUGUCAAUUCUUUUUUGAGUGUUCUUCAAUUUAUUCUUUUAAUUUGCAGAUAUCCCCAAGCCCCAUGCAACGGAUACCUUUAAAAAAGAAAAAAUUAGUAAAAAAAGAAAAAAAUUGAAAAAAAAAUAAAAAAAAAUAAAAAAAAAAGAAAAAAAAAAUAAGAAAAAAGAAAAAAUAGAAAAAGAAAAAAAAAAAAAAAAUAAAAAAAAUAUAAAAAAUAAUUUUGUUUAAAGUGACUCUUAUUUUUCUCUUGUAAAAUGUGAUUCGCCUAUUAGUUUACGACCCCUUUGUAAUAAUGUAAGUUGUCAUUUAGUUCUUGAAUUUAUCCUGGAUUUUUCUUAAAUUAUAUGAUCUAUAUUUUCAGAAACUCAGUUCUCAAACCAGUGGAUCUUUGGAGCACAUUUCCCGACCGCUACUUUCAAUGCCUCAACUUCGGCCCAGGACGGCACCAUGGCCGAGACUCAAACCAACGUCAGAAACAACAUGGAAUGUAAGUUUUGAUGGCUUUUUUUGGUAGUUGAGGAAAUAUUAGGGAAUUCUGCUUGAGAUUGUUGUCACUUGUUUUUUUAGUUGUUUUUCAAUUUAAUAUUUUUUUGUUUUCAGAUAUUGCUCCAAGAUUUCACUGCUCUACCCCAAAUGUUUACGACCCAUUUUUCACUAUGUAAGUUGUUUCACCCUUGAUUUUAGCCUGCUAUUUCUCAAACUAUAUGGUAUAUAUUUUCAGGAAUCUAAACAUCACCUUCACUCUCGCCACACCCCGUUCCAUUUGCAACACCCAUCCUCCCCUCCCACUCGCACCGCACCCCUCCUCCGUUCCACUCCCACCACACUCCUCCCCCAUCACACUCUCUUCAGAAUGUAAGUUUCAUCGUUUAUUAGUAGUUGAGGAAAUUACAGAUGGCUUGAGAUUAUUGUCAACUCCUUUUCGAGGGUUCUUCAAUUUAUUCUUUUUAUUUGCAGAGAUCUCCAAGUCCCAUGCAACGGAUACCUUUAA